AUGUUUCAAGAUAAACUCAAAUUACAAUUAUAUAUAUAUAAUAUUUUUUAUCCAUCUUAUAUUUGUCCAGAAGCACCUGGUAAUAUACUGUAUACUCUUAAAUAUUUGUAUCAGAUAACAAAAAGGAUGUCUUCUGGUGGAGCCAUACCAAGUUCCCUAUUACACACAACUAACUUUCCACUUCCUCCUUUAUUUCCACAAGCUAAUUUCAAGAUUCCUGGUCUUAAUGUAUCAAAUUUAUUGCCAACAAGCAAUAGUAAUCAUAAUUCACCAUCACCACAGAGAAUUAAAACAAAACGAGUUCGCCAACGUGUCGACGCUGGAGAACCAAGAAAUUCAUACCAAAACACUACUAAUCAUACAACUUUUCUUCAGAACAAAAUUCGUCAACCAAUUUCCAAUAACAUGAAUAAUAUAACUCCAAUAUCUAACAAUUCUAUUUUUAAUAAUUCAAAUAGUAAUUCUUUAAUCGGAUCAAAUCUUAGUACAUCUUCUGAAUUGCUUGAAUUAACAUUAAAAAAUAUUGCUGCAAAUAAUAGUAGUAAUAAUAUUGAUGGUGAAAGAAAUAAUAAAAUUAAUGAUGAUUUAUUUGAACAGGAUGUUGAAAAUGUUAAAGAUGAAAAUGUUUCUGAUGGUGAAGAUAAAGAAUCAGAAGAGUCAAAUUCUCUUACGUCAUCAUCAUCAUCAAAAAGAAAAUCAUUUACACCUAAACAAUUACUUGAAGAAGAUGGUGAAGAUUCACAUGAAAGUACUAAUUCUCCAAAUUUAGAUCAAUCCGGUGGUGAUGAAACUGUAAGUGAAAGUGGUAAUAUUGAUGGAAUUGAAAAUAAUAAACCAGAUAAUUCAAAUCAAGACACCACAACAAUUGUAUCUGAUAUAAAUCAACAUUUAGGUGAUGGUUUAUCUAAAUUUCAUGAAUAUAUGGAAGUACAAAAACGUAUAUAUAGUGGUUUCUUGGAGCAACAAAAAAAAGUUGGAAUUAUAGAAGAAGCUAAAAAAAAUGGAUUGACAAAUAAUAUUAAUUCUAACUUUGCAAAUUCUCUUACUAUGGUACAAAAUAAUAAUCAGAUAAGUAGAGACAUGCAAAGAUUAGCAAGCGCCUUAAAACAAGAAAUUCUUACAUCUCUGACCGGUAGUAUUGAUAAAGUUAUUGCUGAUUUUACAUCUCAAGAAAUUGCUUCAAGAAUUGGAAAUAUAAAUAAUUGUAAUUUUCCAUUUAAUAAUGCAUCAGAAAACAAUAAUUUACUAGGAAGAUCACCAUUAAUUAUGCAAUCAUUAUAUAACAAUCAAUUUAAUAAUGUUAAUCAAAAUUCAACAACAACUAAUUCAUCAAGUGGAAUAUUUCCAAAUCCUUUAACUAGUGGUUCCUUUAAUCCAUUUACAACUUCUGCUUUAAUAGGUAAUAUGUCAUCAUUGAUAGGUGGUAUUCGUCAAAAUGAUGAUGAAUGCCUACCACCAAGAAAAAAAAGAAGUAAAGUAACAGAUUCUGUUAGAAUAUCUCGUUACACAUCUAGUCAAAAUUCUGGCUCAGUUCCAAAUUCAGAAAGAAAUUCACCAACACUUCCCUUUAAUUUUACAUCAUCUCUUGUUAAUCAUUCAUUAUAUGGAAAUUCAUCUUUUAUGAAUUUAAAUGGAAACAAUGAGGAAAGAGAUGAAUCUCCAAUUAAUUCUGAUGAGUUAUCUGAUUAUGGAACAAAUUAUGAUGGUCCACAAAAUUCACAAUUAACACCUAUGCAUUUAAGGAAGGCAAAGUUGAUGUUUUUUUAUACUAGAUAUCCAAGUAGUGCUUUGUUAAAAACAUACUUUCCUGAUAUUAGAUUUAACAAAAAUAAUACAGCACAACUUGUUAAGUGGUUUUCUAAUUUUAGGGAAUUUUUUUAUAGUCAAAUGGAGAAGUAUGCUAGACAAGCAAUUGCUGAAGGAAUUAAAACUAGGGAUGAAGUUGUUGUAACACCAGAAUCUGAAAUAUAUAAACAAUUAAAUCAACAUUAUAAUAGAAAUAAUCAUAUUCAACCACCGGAAAGGCUUCAUUUAGUUAUUCAAGAAACAUUAAGAGAAUUUUUUUGUGCUAUUCAACAUGGUAAAGAUGCUGAUCCAAGUUGGAAAAAAAGUAUUUAUAAAGUUAUCAAUAGACUUGAUGAAACUAUUCCUGAAUAUUUUAAAGAUCCUAACUUUCUUGAAAGAUUAGAAUAA